AUGGGAAUUAAAGGACUUUCGCAAUUGAUCGCCGAUGUCGCACCAUUUGCUGUGAAAGAAGGAGAAAUUAAACAGUUUUUUGGUAGAAGGGUUGCCAUUGAUGCAUCAAUGUGUCUUUACCAGUUCCUGAUAGCCGUUCGUGCCGAAGGUGCUCAGCUCACUUCGGUGGACGGCGAAACAACAUCGCAUCUAAUGGGAACAUUCUAUCGCACCAUCCGGCUGCUGGAAAAUGGCAUCAAACCAGUCUACGUCUUCGAUGGCAAACCACCAGACCUUAAGUCUGGGGAACUGAAUAAACGUGCCGAACGGCGUGAGGAAGCUCAAAAGGCUCUGGAUAAAGCUACUGAAGCCGGUGCUGUGGAGGAUAUUGAAAAGUUCAAUCGGCGCCUGGUGAAAGUGACCAAGCAGCACGCCAAUGAAGCGAAGGAACUACUCCGUCUUAUGGGCGUCCCGUACGUGGAAGCACCUUGCGAAGCAGAAGCUCAGUGUGCAUCGCUCGUCAGAGCCGGAAAGGUUUACGCUACGGCCACCGAGGAUAUGGAUGCGCUUACGUUUGGUUCUUCCGUUCUGUUGCGCCACCUGACGUUCAGUGAGGCACGCAAGAUGCCUGUUCAGGAAUUUAAUUACGACAAGGUGUUGAAAGGGUUCGAACUAACGCAGGACGAGUUUAUAGACCUAUGUAUCUUGCUCGGAUGUGAUUACUGUGAUACGAUCCGCGGAAUCGGACCGAAAAAGGCAAUCGAGCUCAUCAACAAGCACCGCUCGAUUGAGACGAUCCUGGAGCAUCUCGACACCAAUAAGUAUAUCGUACCGGAAAAUUGGAACUACCAGCAAGCGCGUCAACUAUUCAAGGAACCAGAGGUAUUGGACGGCGCUUCCAUCGAGCUGAAGUGGAACGAACCGGAUGAGGAAGGUCUGGUGAAGUAUCUCUGCGGUGACCGACAGUUCAACGAGGAUCGUAUUCGAUCGGGAGCAAAGAAAAUUAUGAAAACAAAAAACACUGCCACCCAGGGCCGAUUAGACUCGUUUUUCAAAGUGUUGCCUUCAACUGGAACGCCAAAGCGUAAAGUGGAAGAGAAGAAACCGCUUGCGGGGUCGUCGGCUAAGAAGGCCAAAACGGGAGCCACAAGGGGUCGUAAACCAAAGUAAAGAUGAGAAGAAGUAACGCUCCUUCGACAAAUUUGUUAAAUUCACUUCAGACAACGUAAUGUUUUCUUUCAUCACAUUUCCUCUCAAACGUGUAAUAA